AUGCCCGUACGCGAACAACUUCUCAACGCUGCCGCGGUACACUUCUCAAGUCCGCCGGGGGCCCUCUCUGCCGUCGGAUCCGAGCUGGGAAUCUCUCAGGCGGUCUGUCUGCCCGCCAACGCGUCGAUUGUGAUCACUUCGGGCCAGUGCGGUUUCCAUGAAGAUCUCUCAAUAUCGCCCCGACUUGAUGAGCAGAUUGAAAUGACGCUGCUCAACGCUCAAAAGACACUGCGUGCCGCUGGAGUCGACGAUGGUCUCAUGUCUGUGUAUCAGAUCACGCUCUACGCCCUUCAGAUUGAUGGCGAACUGGUUCGGAUAUGGAGAGAGAUGAAGAGGAAGUAUAUGAGCUCCCGCGCGCCGGUGGAAACCGGUGUCACCGUUCCAGCAUUGUAUGGAGGGGCGAAGGUGGAAAUGACUUUCUAUGCCGUGGGAGGUCGAGGGUCUGGUCCAAGCCAAAAGCUGUAG